AUGGAGAAAAUUUGGAUUUUUUUCACUUUGAUAUCAAUAUCAAUAGGUGUUCAAGCUGUACAAAUCGAUGAGGACUCUUCUUUCCCGGAUUAUUGGCAAGACGAUUACGAAUGGUAUAGUGGUGAAUUGGAAAAAUUAGGUAUUCUUGACACUGAAGUCAAAUCUUCAAAAGAAUUGAAAACAGAAGGAAAAACAACUCUUGAAAUACAAAAUAUUGACCAAGAAAAUGAUCGAAAAGUAGCAGAAGAAAUCGAAAAAUACAGAAAUGAUAACGAAGCUCAAAUUACCCAUAAAAAUGUGGAAUCGGAAAAUAAUUUAUUAGACUACCAAUUUGAAGAUAAUAGAUCUGAAGUUGAUGAUAAUGAUGAAAAAGAAGAUACCGAUUUGACUGAAGAUAAAGCUAAAGAAUUUGAAAGCAUUGAAGAUGAAUUGCAGUCGAUCGGCGAGUUAGCCGAAGAUAUUGCAGAUUUAAAUAGAAUCAAAGAAUCACUACAAGACGAUAAAGAAGUAAAAACAGACUUAUCUAAUAAGAAAAAUGAUCAGGACACAUCUAAUCUUGACCCAGAAUCCAUUGAUAAUACAUUUGAUAUCGAUACUGACGAUAUUACUGCAAGUAAGGAAAAUUCAAAUAAAAAUAAAACAACAGAUAAUGAAGAAGUAUUUUUGGAAACAGAAAAGAUUUUGAAGGAUGAUGAAAAUGAAGACUUCUUGGAAAUGCAGUCUUUACCAAAAGAUCAGACUAAUUUAGAUAACAUUGUUGAAGAAACAAGGAAAAUAUUGGAAGCAACUAAUGAUAAACUAGAUGAAAAUAUUAAAGGAAGUGAACCAAAUAUAGAAUUAAAAAGUCAACAAUUAGAUAAAAUCAUAGAAAUAGAUGAAGACGACUUAAAAAAUUUCGAUGAAGCGUAUGAUGAUCUUGUAGACAAUUGGGACAAAUUAUCAGAAAAUUGGGAUCAAAUAAAGAGCAACGAUGACAAAGAAAAUGUCUUAAACGAUGAAGAAAUUGAUUAUCUCUAUAAGAAAUUAAAUUUGGGAGACGACUACGAAAAUAUCGAUGACGAAAACAUUGAAUCACUAUUAUCUCCGUUUGAAUUAGAGAAAAAAGUUAAAACCGAUGUUUCAACGGAAAAAGUCGAGCCCAUGCCAGAUGAUACCAAAUCAGAAGAAAAUGAAGCACCAAAUGAAUCUCAUGCAAUUGAAUAUCUUCACGAUGCUUUACUAGCAAGUGAUGUUACGGACCCAGAUGCUGAGAUAAUUGGCCAACGAACUACUUCUAACCCUGUCGUAGACACAGAAAUAGCUUCUGUAAGUAGCCAAGGUGAAAAUAAAAAAGAAAAAAGUGCUUCUACAUCUUCAAGUGUAGAAUAUAUCCCUCUAUCCGAAUCUGAGUACGAGCGGGUAAUGGAUGAAUUUAAAGUUCAACACAAAGAAGAUUUUAACGUUAAAUCUAAAGAUUUCGAUAAGCACGUUGCUCCAAUCCACAUAACUAUCAGUGAAGAGCCGGUGAUCGUAACUUCGCCUAAUUAUCCCAGCAAUUACCCAACUAAUAACAUCAUCGACUGGAUCUUCCAAGGCGAGGGUGAAGGCAUCGAGCUCAAUAUCACAGACUUCGCUGUGAAUGGACAUCUUGGAGAUUAUCUUCUAGUGAAACCAGGUGGCGUUGAUGCAUCUGGAAACGAGGGUCUUAUAUUUUCGUACACCCUGAGUUCAGAGCGCCGGUACCGAUUCAUGGACGUGAACCGGAUGUUCGUUCGUUUCGAAGCAAAGCCCGGAAUGCAGUUUAUGAAGGGUUUCAGUUUUAGCGUCAAAUUGCUGAGACAUAUACCUUUCGAAACAGAACCCCAGCCCACCCCGGAACCGGUGAUUGUACCACCACAUUCUACUAUCACUCUAAACCUUGGAGGCACGACCCUCGAAAACUUUGUGCAAGGAGAGAUCGAGGAGGAAUUCCGUCGGAUCGUUGCUGAUAUGGCUACGAUGUAUAUUAACUCAAACAAUAUUGAUCCUGGACUUAAUACCACGUUAGAAGUCACACAGAUCGUCAGCAGAGCUCUGUGCUACCACAACUGGCCUAAGUUUGAGAAUUGCGUCGAAGUGAAAUUCGGUGUUCCGUUGGAGUACGAUGGUGACCAAGAACCAAGGCUGGACGUUGACGACCUGAACUCCAUGUGGGUGAAAUAUUUCGAUCAAGAUCCAUUCGCUUCAAGGCUGAGGAGGUUGGGCAUUACGGAAUAUCAGGCACCCAACGACACGGACGUGCUGAUGGUGUGGCUCGUGAUCGCUGCAGGUGUGCUUAUCUCCAUGGCCAGCAUGGCUUUUGCUCUGUGGCGGUUCAGCUGUUUCGAGAACUACACAAGAAUGCCAUCGUUCAGCGACACAGACAGUCUGCAAGAGAAACGCAACUUGGAUCUGUACCCUACGCCGCACCAAAUGCUUCCACCACUCUACUCUGAGAAUGAGUACAAGUGGGUCGACGCAAAGCACGACGACUCUACUAGAGUGGAUAUGGGAGGCUUCGCGAACAAAAAUUACGUGCGAGACGAUCUUUACGAUUUCGACUCGGACGAGGACGUCGUGGCUGCGAGAGAUAGCAACAAAAGCAUAACACCACGCGACAUUUACGUGUGA